CCUCUGAUUUCAACCAAGAUGGCCUGUAACAAGACGUUUUUGCUGCUGCUGUUGGUUUGCGUUGUAAGUGUGGGGCGCUGCUCCGCCCAAGAACCGGCCGACCGUGUCGAGCCCCAGUUCGACAAGGAUGAUGAUUCUUGGACUGGUUGGGCCUACAACAAAUUCUCCGAGAUCGGGCUUGUUGAUUCCGACAAGGCCAAGAAUGUCGCUCACAAUGUUGUCGAGAAAACAUCCGAAGCUGUCUCGAGAUCCGCGGACACCGUGAAUUCCGCUGCACAAGAAUCAUCAAAGUAUGCAUCGGACGUGGUGAGCAGCACAUCUCAGAAGGUCGGCAGUGCCAAGGACCAGGUUUCGGAGAAAGCCGGUGAGGCCGUGAAGAAGGCGUCCGAGAUGGCUUCCGGUGCGAGUGAGGCCACGAAGCAGAAGACCAACAACGCGUACGAAUCCGCUUCGGAUUUGGCACGUGAGGCCGGGGACAAGGCAGCGGGCGCCAAGGACGAUGUGAAGGACAAGGCUAAUACCGUGUAUACCAAGGCCGGAGAGGCGGCGCAGAAAGGCAAGGACAAAGCUGCGGACGCCAAGGACGAUGUGAAGGACAAGGCUAAUACCGUGUAUACCAAGGCCGGAGAGGCGGCACAGAAAGGCAAGGACAAAGCUGCGGACACGUACGGAGACACCAAGUUUUCGCUGGGCGAGGCUUUUGAAAAGGCGAAGGGGUCGAUCUCGGAUCAGGAUAAGAAGAGGUUAGAGGAGGCGCAGGAGAAGGCUAAGGGAAAUUUGUCACCCCAGGAUAGGCAGAAGAUGGAGGAAGCGAAGGAGAAGGCGAAGGAGAAGGCAAAGGGGUCAGUGACGGAGGAGGAUAAGAGGAAGUUCAAUGAGGCAAAGGAGAAGGCGAAGGGGUCGGUGUCAGAGCAGGAUAAGAAGAAGUUCGAGGAGGCGAAGGAGAAGGCGAAGGGGUCGGUGACGGAGCAAGACAAGAGGAAGUUCGAGGAGGCGCAGGAGAAGGCGAAGGGGUCGAUGACAGAGCAGGAUAAGAAGAAGUUCGAGGAGGCGAAGGAGAGGGCUUCACAGGGGAUGAAGGGUAGCAGUGCAUCUAUGUAAACAACAUGGUGGUUGAUGCUGGUUAAGUGAGUACUUCUUAAAUGUGUUGCUGUUCAAUAAAUAUUUUGGUUUGGUAGGCUAGCAACAAAGGUUUUUAGGACCUUGUUGCACUUUGGUACAAUACAUAUGAUGUAUAGUUGUAUAGUUGUAUAUAGUUUUCAUGUGAUCAUAAAGAUAUCACAUUCAAUAAAAUUACAGUAAAUGUUUCUUAUA